CAAAACUCAGCCUCAACUCUGAGAAAAUACUCAACUCCCUAUUCUCAGCCUCAAAUCACCGCCACCAAAUAUUUGAGUACGUACUCAAAUAAAAAUUUUGAGUACGUACCAAAAAUAUUUGAGAUAGCUAGAUACCUAUCUCAAGUAAAUACUCAAGCAAUAAAAAUGGCUGUCCACAGACGACAUAUGCGACGCCGACGUCGGCAAAUGUUAGACGAGGUUAAAAUUUCAAGAAGAGUCAUCCGAGACAGGUUAAAUCCGCUAGAAGAGUAUUCAGAUGAUGAAAUUUUUGACAGAUAUAGGUUCCGUCCCGCAACCAUUCAGUACAUUUUGGACUCUAUUGCCCCAUCAAUUGUACACAACACUGCCAAGAACUGUGCCUUACCACCCACUCUACAGCUACUUACCUGCCUUAGGUUUCUGGCAACGGGGGCAUACCACAGACUGGUAGGGGACAGCAUUGGAGUAUCAGAGACAACAACCGGAAGAUGUUGCCGUUCUGUUACAGAUUCCAUAAUUACUAAUCUGUUGAAAAACUCCAUCACUUUUCCAACGGGUAAUUGCGCCAGGGAAAUUAAACAACAAUUUCUGGCAGUAGCAGGAUUCCCCAAUGUUCUGGGGUGCGUUGACGGAACUUUUAUAAGAAUCAUUGCUCCUAGCGAGAAUGAGCCAGAUUACGUCAACCGUAAAGGAUUCCAUUCAUUGAAUGUACAGGCCGUGUGCGAUGCCAAAUAUAAGAUUACAAGUAUUUGCGCAAAAUGGCCCGGUAGCGUGCACGAUAGUCGGAUAUGGCGGGAGUCGGCUUUGUGUCAGCAGUUUGAGAAUGGCGUUCAUAGUGGAUUUCUUUUGGGAGAUUCUGGUUAUCCUUGUAAAAGGUACCUAAUGACACCUUUUCUAAACCCGUCCACUGCCCCCCAGCAAAGGUUUAAUACAUCCCUCUGUAAAACUAGGGUAAUGGUGGAACAGACAUUUGGAAUUCUGAAACGCAGAUUUUCUUGUCUUCAAGGAGUGCUUAGGACAGAUCCAAAUCAAGCAACAAAAUAUGUCAUUGCCUGUGCAAUCUUGCACAAUAUUGGUAUAGACAGGGGUGACGUUGUAGAUUCUACGCAAGAUCUAGAUCAAGUACAACUUCGCGGUGGAAACGGGAACAUCAUCGUAGCUGGUGAUGGUGUCAACAUUAGAAACCACAUCGUGGAUACGUAUUUUACGUAAACAGUCCUGCUCCAGAUGUUUGAACAAUUGGUCGCUCCGAUAAAGAGGACGACGUGGAGGCCGAUGGUUUAGACGUUGACGAAGUGGACGAUGUUGUUCCGGGAGCCAAUGUGAUAGAUUCCACAUCCUUUGAUGUUUCUGUUGUUUCUAGAU